GGUGCUGCUGCGUCAUCAGAAGCAGUCUCACGCAUGCGUCUCUGUGAGUUUAAGCGGUCGAAGUGUCAGCAGCUAGGUACAGGCAGCGGCAAAAGAAAACCAGCUACAGUCCAGUGCUAGCCCCGACCACCGCAAGGACACAGGGCACAUGAACAGUAGAAUGGCUGCGUCUUCGAGCAGGGUAAUGCUGGGGCCACUCGUUGCUGCCAUUGACCAGGGUACGAGCUCGACGCGGUUCCUGGUGUUCAAUGCUAAAACAGCCGAGCUCCUCAGUCACCACCAGGUUGAGAUCAACCAGAGUUUCCCCAAGGAAGGGUGGGUGGAAGAGGAUCCCAAAGAGAUUCUGCAGUCUGUGUACGAGUGUAUGGAGAGAACCUGUGAGAAACUCACCCAGCUCAAUAUUGACAUCUCCAACAUCAAAGCCAUUGGAGUGACCAAUCAGAGAGAGACCACGUUGGUUUGGGACAAAGAGACAGGCGAGCCCCUCUACAAUGCUAUCGUGUGGCUGGACCUGCGGACCCAGUCGACCGUGGAGCGUCUGAUCAACAAGACACCUGGGAGAAACAAGAACCAUUUGAAGCACAAGACUGGUCUCCCAAUCAGUACGUACUUCAGUGCUGUGAAGCUUCGCUGGCUGAUGGAUAAUGUGGACGAGGUCGCUGAGGCAGUCCUGACACACAGAGCCAUGUUCGGCACCGUCGACUCCUGGCUCAUCUGGUGUCUGACAGGGGGGAAGAGUGGGGGAGUCCACUGCACAGACGUGACCAACGCCAGCAGGACCAUGCUGUUUAACAUCCACACCCUGGACUGGGACCCAGAGCUUUGCAAGUAUUUUGAUAUUCCAAUGGAGAUUCUCCCAAAAGUGAGGAGUUCCUCAGAAAUCUACGGCUUAAUGAAAAUAUGUUCUAGCCUGAAAUCGGGCUCUCUUAGUGGCAUACCCAUCUCAGGGUGUCUUGGGGACCAAUCGGCUGCUCUUGUUGGACAGAUGUGCUUUCAGGAAGGGCAGGCCAAAAACACAUAUGGAACUGGCUGCUUUCUACUCAGAAACACUGGAGCCAAGCCUGUCAUGUCGGACCAUGGCCUACUAACCACGGUGGCCUACAAACUAGGUCGAGACAAACCUGCCUGCUACGCGCUAGAGGGCUCAGUGGCCAUAGCGGGGGCUGUGGUUCGCUGGCUGAAGGACAACCUGGGGAUCAUUCAGACUUCCACAGAGCUGGAGAAACUGGCGGCUUCAGUGGGCACGUCGUAUGGUUGUUACUUUGUCCCGGCGUUCUCUGGUCUGUACGCUCCCUACUGGGAGCCCAGUGCACGAGGGAUAAUCUGUGGUCUGACUCAGUUCACUAACAAGAGUCACCUGGCCUUCGCUGCAUUGGAAGCUGUCUGUUUCCAGACUCGAGAGAUCCUGGAUGCGAUGAACCAGGACAGUGGCAUCCCUCUGACCCAGCUCCAGGUGGAUGGGGGCAUGACCUCCAACAGACUACUGAUGCAGCUGCAAGCUGAUAUACUCUGCAUCCCCGUUGUGAAGCCCUCCAUGCCUGAGACCACUGCCCUGGGGGCAGCCAUGGCUGCUGGGGCAGCAGAGGGGGUCAGUGUCUGGAGCCUGCGUCCUGAGGACCUCAGUGAGGUCACCUCUGAGAAGUUUGAGCCACAAAUCAACCCUGAAGGUCAGGGAGCCUAUGAGAGUGAGUUUCGAUAUGCUCGCUGGAAGAAGGCCGUACAGAGAGCCAUGAACUGGGAAACCACUGAACCCAUCUCUAAUGGAAAUGGUGAAACUAGUAUCUUCAGUAGUGUCCCACUGGGCUUUUACAUUCUGGGUAGCAUGUUAAUGUUAAUUGGAGCAAAAUACAUCGCAGGGCACAGGUAGACUGUGGCCCGUGAUGCAUUGCAGUGGAUCAGAAGGGGCGGGUCCAGGAAAGGACACACCCUGCUCUUCUUCAGUUUUCCCGGACCACUCCCUCCCCGUACCUUUGGUUGAAUGGCCAAAACACAAACGUUCCAAUCCAACCGUUACCUGGGAACCCAACUGUUGGCCUGGAGCCCAGUAGCUGAUGGGAACUGUAGUGUGGAAUGGACCCAGUAUGAAUAAAUCUGGUGUUUAGGAAUGAUGUUGCUCUACAUCCUAAUGGACAUUGCUCUUCUUGUGUGACUGCGUGAAUGGGGGGUGGUGAAUAUGGGAUGGGUUGUGUAUGCAAUAUCUAUCCAUGUCAUUUUUGGUUCCUUGUUUUUGGUCAACGAUCAGUUCGUCAAAGGAUAUUCACUAAUGUAGUGCUGUUCACGGAACACAACUCUUCCUCAUCUAAUCCAAAAACACAAUCUGUCAAUUGUAACAUUGCCCUGCUGUCACUGUCACACAUUCCUCCCUUCACUGUUGUGCUUGAACGAAUUCUCCCAAUGUUAUCUUGGGUUCUGAAUGAGUUCUCCCAAUGUUAUCUUGGAAAGGUAGCCUGAUGUUGGUAAGGGCCUUGCAAUGAACUGCAAUGUGGGUUUCUGGAGCACGUUAGAUUUUGUCCUGGGUUUGUUUAGUAUGUAAAUGGUCUGAGAGAUGAACCUUUUCUAACCCUGUUUGGUUGAACCCACUGCCUGGAGAGCAGAACUUGAAUCUCGUGGCCCUAAGAAAUGGUAAUGCAGGGUUAUUGUAAAGGACUAGUCUUUGUGGUUACUUUCAAGUUGCCAUGUAUAUAGACAGACUGGUUAAGGAUAUAGUUGCCCUUAUGCACUGAUUUGGAGGUGGUUAGUGUUCCCCUCUUAGGGAGGACUGGGGUAAGCUGAUCCUAGAUCUGGGGCAACUUCACUUCUAAGUGAGAGUUUGUCCCAUAUGGUACUGUUCUCUAUGUAGAGUAUAACCUUUGACUGGGACGCAGCCUGAGUAAGGGACCCAUUGUAUAUGAUUUAAUGUACCAAAAAGAAAUGUCUCUAUGGCAACUGAAUACUACUGUAAAUUUGGCCAAUGGAUGCCUUGUCCAGAGUAAGCAUUUUAAACACAGUAAGUAAAAUAGAUAAAGGUUUCAGGUUGGAAGACACCAGACUUUAAAGGCUGGAUUCAAUCCAUAUCUUGGAAGAUCUGCAUUACAGCUGGUUGAGAUUUAAAGGCGAUGUUUGGAGACUGUUCACGGUAUACGAUGACUCAAUACGGAUUGACUCCAGCAAGGCAGCACAAUUCUUGCUUCUGCCUAGUCUGACUGAUUUGAGUCUUCAUAUUUAAAGUCAAAUGGAGACCAGUAGUGUUCUUAAAGGAACUUUCAAGCCACUCGAGGGACAAUUGAUUUCUUUGGUUUCUAUUGUCACCGGGUAUGAUUAAUGCAUCUAGCUGACCCCUGUACUGUGGACAUGUAUAUUUAUCAUGUGGUGUUUAUGAGAUGAACAACCAGUUGUCCAAAUGUCAGCCUGUACAGACCUGCAUAUCAGGGUUAGGAAAAUUACUUUCAACUUUAAUACAGCUGAUGA